AUGAGAUUGAAAAGAACAAGGAAUACAAGAAAUGCAGAAGCGAGCGUGCAUGCGAGUGCUGUAAACGCAGAUGACGAAGACUGGAAAGUUUAUGUUUCCGAAGACGUAAUAACUCAAUUAAACAAGUAUCAGCUGCCGCAUUCCGGAAUAUUACAGGAGAAAAUCACGGAUUUGGCCAAUCACUGGUGUUUUCAGUACGUGAUUGCUUGGCUCUCCAAUGUUUGCGAAUCAUAUGUUACAACUACAUUUAGCGCUGAUCAAUAUGGCGCUACCUCUACCAAAUGCUUGUGGAAGAACAUCAAGUUCGAUGAAGACAUAUUUGUGACGGAUGUAUUCUCGAAGAUAGAUGGAAUGGACUCGAACUACUACAACGAUGAAGUGGACGUAGAUAUUGAUUCGCCAAAUUUGUACGAUAAGGUGAGAUUGCAAUUAUUACAUCAAUUGGCGGGCAAUAAGAGCAGCCAAUUAAAAGAUUGGAAUGUUAUUGUUAAUCACCAUUUCCAAAACUCGAGCAAGUUCUUAGAUUUGGUUACGGACGCGCCCUUCCUAGAGCUUGAUAUUGCGCGCCAGUUCAAGACCAUUUACAGUAUAAUAAAAUUAAUCGAAAUGAAAAAUAUGAUGUUCAAAAAUUACUUAGUUAAUAACUUGCACCUGUUCACAUUUAGUGAAAUCAUACUAGAAGAUGACGAUAGCGGAGAGGAGAAACUGGAGAGUCUAUUUGCUUUACCCAACGUUGGUGUGCUUGUAAAAAAAACCAUUCACAGAGUAAAAGAAGACCCUUCUUCCCAGAUCUCUCAGACUUUAAAUAUCCCGAUAAAGCUACAAAACUGUACUAUAAAAGAAUUCGAUCCCAAGGUUCCUGAUUCCGUCGAGCUCAUCCAUCUCGAGUAUUCUCGCGACAUCGAUGCAUAUCUUCAAUCGAUUACAAUCGAUUACGAGGUGAUCACUACAGGUUGGGAAUCCAUGCUAGGAUACUGGUCACAGAACAGUAACUCGAAGGUAAUCGAUGAGUUUAUUACGAGCUUGAUACCGAUAUAUGCAGAACACAGACUAUAUUCGGCAAAAAUCCUGGUCAAUAGAGAGAAGGAGCGGGCUAUUGCCGAACUAAUGACAAGAAGGAAAAGAUCCUCCAGACUCGUAGCGAAAGAAGAAGAAAACAAGAAAAAAGAUCUGGAAAGUGAAUGGUUUGAAAAACUAGAUGAAAGAGAACAAUUUAUAAGACACAGAAAUAAGCUAGUGUCGAAAGAGAUCAAAAAGAUAAAGGACCUCCUAUGGAACCAAUUAUGGCAAUCGUAUGAUCAAGAUUAUAGAGAUGAAAAGUUGACUAGGCGUAAUGAGUUUACAGGUGGAAGUGGUUCCGGUACCCCAUCCCUAGAAAUGUCGCCGGGCGAAAAAGAAAGCAGCCCUUUUUUGAAUGAAAUCGAUAAUGGAGUUCUUGAUCAUGGACCCAACUUUCUGUCAAAGAUAAUACCUGUGGAACCACCCAUUCCUGGUAUUGCCGGUCUACUACAAACCGCUGACGUCCCUGAACUCCCUACUGAUUUCUGCAUAACUAAGGAGGAAUUAGACGAACUGGCCAAUUACGGGAUUUUUACUCCACAACAGGAACCGGACAACCAAGAUUCUGUUUUUCAAUGCCCCGGCGAACCAGAAUUGGCGCCGAUGGUCAUCACCGAGGAGAUUGACCUGUUUAACAAUCGCCCAUUGAUAUGCUGUGAUAAUUGUUAUAGGUGGCAACAUUGGGAAUGCCAGCCUCCAAAGAUCGUAGAGCUUAUAUCGUUGACUACAAAAGCCCCACAGCACGCGCUAUCACAACGUGAUUUUGGCGUCAUCAUAAUGGGAAAUUCUCACGGAAACAGGAGAUCUUCUCGCAGACCCCAGUCCACACCCGAACCCAGCACCAAGUCUUCGAGACCCACUGAUAAGAGGAAGCCUUUGGGCGAGUGCGCUACCUUUAUCUGCGCUUGGUGUAUUAAGGAUUUGGAGCUUGAGCUGCGCAACAUCUUCGUGCCUGAACUGAAAGUGAUAAGAGCCAAGCAAAGAAAACAGCAAGAAGACCGUGAAAGGAGGAAGAAAAUGAAGGAAGAGAAGAAAAAACUCGAACUGCUUGCAAACCAAAGGAAACUGACCCAGUCCAUGUCACCUCCGGUGUUCAACAAUGCAUCUCCGCAUAUAUCAAGUGCGUCACCUCCUAGUAUCACUGCGUACCGGGCAACCACCUCAACUAUCAACCCAGAACUUAACUUAGAUGCCGCUCACCCCAUAAUCACGCACUCACACCAAACUAGUAACAAAACUGUGCCACAACCACCACAACCACCGCAACCACCAAUUCAAUUGCAAUCACAGUUGCACCAACAGCAACAACAACCCCAAGAACAGAACUUUCACUUCCAGUACCCUCCCGCCAACUAA